AGCUGUUUAAAUAUAACCGUUCGUUUUGGCAAAAUUCCUUACAAGACGGAACCAAAAUGAAGGUGACCAUUCUAUUCCUGGCCAUAUGUGUGACUCUUUCUCAGCAGCAAUUUUAUCAUCCCCGUAUGAUGAUGGGUUACCCGUGGAUGCUGUCGCCAUCAUUUGCCCAACAACCCAUGUUCUUCAACAACUACAUGGACCAUUAUCCCUACGAAGGAGAAGUUGACAAUAUUCAAGCGAGAGUUAAGGGCUACGAACCUUUGCGUCAAGAUGCGUUCACGGGGCAAGAAGAAAUUGGACAAAAUCGAUUUCUACUCAACUCGGGAUCGUCUUCCAUCGGAAAUCCCUUGUUGAAAACUGUUACCUUAACGAUCACGUCAACCUGCACGGCACUCAGCAUCACGACGUGCGUUGCCAUGACCAACCUUUCACCGAAUCCAGUUGCAUGCGCCGGAAGAAGAAGACGAUUUGCCGAAUACAACGACGAGCAAGGCGACGACAUUGCAGCCCAAUAUCCCAUCGUUCCCAGCGAAGUCAGAAUUGUGAUGCCAACGGCUGAGCCCAGCACAGGCCUGACCCGUAAUUCUCGUGAUUUGCCAUUUGGAAUAUCUUCAUCGAUGGACGACGACGGUGAUUCGAAUGGUGUGGCCACCAUCGGCACGCAAAACCGUGGCAAACGCUUCUUCCAACAAAUUUGGAAUGCCUUUGCUACAGGAGUAACCACAACCACAUGGUUGGUGGUCUCGAGCACCUUAACUUCGACGCUUGCUAUACCUGGCGUCAGCACCGUCCUUCCCUGCUUACCAGCUGGUUACGGUGUUUGCCAACUGGCCAUUGGAAAAUAAAGCGUAUAAUAACAGAAGCCAAUACAAGCCGUUUGCACACGAUAUAUUUGAAUAUCAGUAGAAAUACUGCGUGCAGUUUCUUUUGCAUAAAUGUUUCAUAUGCGAUUGCGGAUAGCUAUAUAUAAUUACUGUUUUAAUGUAUUGUGUUUUUGUAUUGGUUGUAUCUUUGCCUCAAUAAAGAGUAAUAUGAAAAUGAA